UUGAUUUUUUCUUUCCUAAUGGCAUGGGCAUAUUCCAGGAUUCCAGUGAAGUGCCCAGCAUGCAAACAUGUGACCCAGAAGGGUAACUUCAAUGAAAAGAGGAUAGAACAAGGCCAGCGGCAGCUCAGGUCUGGGGGGUGGGGCCUCCUCAGCACACGUCAGUGGGCAGGGCGGUCCACGGGUCGCCCAGGACCCAGAUGUUCCCCUCAUAGCCAGAGAAACAUUCAGUACUCAUCAGCCGGUGACACUCUGCUUGUCUCUCCUCACAGGGGUCUGGACGGGAGUUUGUCAGGAUGGGGGAGGAGCUGCCGGUUGUCCUGGAGCUGCCCGGGUCCAUUGUGUCCAAGAAAGGGAAUUCGGAGGCGGCGCAGCGGGAGGUGAGCGUGAGCAUGCCCAGUGGACAGAGUGUGCUGGUCCGGUGUGAUGUCCAGUCUAGGGGCAGGGAUGUCUUUGACAUGGUGGUGGCCCAUGCCAGGCUGAUGGAGCCCUUCUACUUCAGCCUCGCCUUCAUUGACGACGAUGAAUUUUUCUUUCUGGACCCUGAAACAAAGAUCUCCAAGGUCGCUCCAGACAUUUGGAAGAAAACACCCUCUGCCAGCUUUGCCCUUUUUCUCAGAGUCAAGUUUUUUGUCAAUGACAUCUGCCUCAUCUUGCACCAACUGACACGCCACCAGUACUACUUAGUAGUACAGCUGCGGAAGGAUAUUCUUGAGGACCGGCUGUGCUGCAGUGAGGAGACAAGCCUUCUGCUUGGGGGUCUUGCUCUACAGGCUGAAUUUGGGGACUACAUGCCAGAGGUAUGUCCUUUACUCUAGAGCAGGAUCUGUUGGAAAUGCAGUUGAAAUGAACUGCAUUUCAUGCAUCAUUAAGGUAACCGGCUUUAAAACCAGCUGAGCUCCGCCUCUGCCAGGUGACCUGCAGCAC